CACUGAGUUUUGCUUUAGUUUAGCUGCCGGGAGCCGGCAUGGCUGGCUUUGCUAGGAACGCGCUAACCGAAGUGAAGGAUCGCAUCAACGUUAUCCGAAGGGAACUCAAGGAAACCAAAGCUGGACUGGAGGCCGAAGGCUGCACGCGCCAAGACGUUCUGAAGCUCACGCAACCGCUUCAAGAGCGCCUUCUGGAGCUUGAGAAACAGAAGCAAAUCUUACUGGAAGCCGGUGUCAAGGCGGAGGAAGAAGGCCGCGCAAGAGGCACGACAUACGCGGAGAUGGCCUCGAUGCUGAAGGGCCUACAGGCCGUGCUGCCAGCAAUGGAACUGCUUGUACAGAUGUACGUGAAUCAGUUUGUCUACUCGGCCAGCACGGCAUCAAACUCCCGGCAGGAUGAUGACUUCAAGCUGCAGCUCCAGACGUUCUACCAUAAUGCCUUGGAUGAGCAGCAGUGCCAGCUCCGCUGUAUGCUGCUCAACGUGCAGCUACCCAUGACCCUGGUGACGGGCUUUCACCUGUUCAAGCACUGCUGGAAGCCGUACCUGCGCACUCUGCUGGGCUUGAGUGACAUCAACGACCCCCGGAAUGGGCUGCUUCUGUUUGAGCCGCUGCAGCAUGCCUUUGAUGACUCACAAGUAUGCUUCUUGUAUGUGGAGGAUGCCGGCGAGCCCAAGUUCAAACUGGAGCUGCUGGACAUGUCGCUGAAGGGCGUCAAGCUGUGGGACUACGCUAAGACGCACAACAUUUGCAAGCAGUACGGUGAGCACCAGAUUGGCACCUACGCAGCAACAGUUACCUUCGGCGAGCUCCAGGGCAAGGCGCUGGUCUUUGAGGACUCAAAGCGCCCCUACAAGCGGUGCCUGCAGUUUCAAGCGGUGCAGGCGGUGCGGCAGGCAAAGGAGAAGAAGUGGUUGCCGGAGGAUUGGGCCCCGUCGGCGAGCCUUAGCUACAACACUGAAGACGCCAAGGAGCGCAUGGACGCAUGGCUCACCUUCGCCGUGGAGGCGCCGCCGCCUCCGGAUUCGGACAGCGCAUCGGACGGCGCACCCGGCGGAGGCAGUUGAGCUGGAGACGUAAUAUCGGUGCCACCCACGACCGUGAAUGGCUGGGUCAUGUGUACCGUUAUGCACAGGGGCAAGGCCCGCAUGUCGUGAUGACUUCACAAAAUUCGGCAAUGCUUGAGGAAAGCCAGGCGGUGGGUGGGUGACAGGGUCACUGCAGGGGCGGCGGUGGGGAGCUGUGAGGAGUACUCGGAUAGGGUGUUUUGCGGUAUGUAGGAUUCAGUCCCAUGUCGGUUAUC